ACCUGUGCUGUGAACGUAGCCAAAGGUGUGUUACACCACCAACCAGGUAAACUAACUCAUGUCAGGUGUCACAUGUUGGAUGUCUGCAAGCUUGUACAGCACAUGUUGGAUGUCUGCAAGGUUGUACAGCACAUGUUGGAUGUCUGCAAGGUUGUACAGCACAUGUUGGAUGUCUGCAAGGUUGUACAGCACAUGUUGGAUGUCUGCAAGGUUGUACAGCACAUGUUGGAUGUCUGCAAGGUUGUACAGCACAUGUUGGAUGUCUGCAAGGUUGUACAGCACAUGUUGGAUGUCUGCAAGGUUGUACAGCACAUGUUGGAUGUCUGCAAGCUUGUACAGCACAUGUUGGAUGUCUGCAAGCUUGUACAGCACAUGUUGGAUGUCUGCAAGGUUGUACAGCACAUGUUGGAUGUCUGCAAGGUUGUACAGCACAUGUUGGAUGUCUGCAAGGUUGUACAGCACAUGUUGGAUGUCUGCAAGGUUGUACAGCACAUGUUGGAUGUCUGCAAGGUUGUACAGCACAUGUUGGAUGUCUGCAAGCUUGUACAGCACAUGUUGGAUGUCUGCAAGGUUGUACAGCACAUGUUGGAUGUCUGCAAGGUUGUACAGCACAUGUUGGAUGUCUGCAAGGUUGUACAGCACAUGUUGGAUGUCUGCAAGGUUGUACAGCACAUGUUGGAUGUCUGCAAGGUUGACACAAUUUGUGGGACAGUUGAGUUCUUUUCUUUGACACUGGCACCACUUGAAGAAAAACACUUGCAAGUGUGACUAUGCAACAUGUUGGAUGCAAGUGUGACUAUGCAACAUGUUGGAUGCAAGUGUGACUAUGCAACAUGUUGGAUGCAAGUGUGACUAUGCAACAUGUUGGAUGCAAGUGUGACUAUGCAACAUGUUGGAUGCAAGUGUGACUAUGCAACAUGUUGGAUGCAAGUGUGACUAUGCAACAUGUUGGAUGCAAGUGUGACUAUGCAACAUGUUGGAUGCAAGUGUGACUAUGCAACAUGUUGGAUGCAAGUGUGACUAUGCAACAUGUUGGAUGCAAGUGUGACUAUGCAACAUGUUGGAUGCAAGUGUGACUAUGCAACAUGUUGGAUGCAAGUGUGACUAUGCAACAUGUUGGAUGCAAGUGUGACUAUGCAACAUGUUGGAUGCAAGUGUGACUAUGCAACAUCCCCACAUGUACAGCAACUUUAUGAUAUCAUGUACAUAAACACCUCUUUUUCUUACACAACUUGAAAGGAGACAUUUUGACCUUCUUUCUUUCUCCUGAAAAUGUAUUUGAUGAGUUUUCUUGAAAUAAAAAAUGUUCCAAGUUGA